AUGGAAGAUAUCAAUAAUAUAAAUACUGAAGAUUUUAUUUCGGAAAUUGAAUUACGUCCAGCUAUUUGGGAAUUAUCCAGUGAUGAUUAUACAAAUAAAAUUACCAAGAAGAACGCUUGGGAAGAAGUUAUUAGGAAAUUCUGUCCAGAAUUUGAAAGAAAGUCUAAUGCAGAAAAAAAUAAUAUUGCCUUACGUUUCCAAAGAAAAUGGAAGAGUUUGCGAGACUGUUAUUCUAGAGAAUUAUUAAAAAUGAAAAAGGAAAAAUCAGGUUCGGGGACCCCUGCUAAUCGAAAGCAGUAUAUGUAUUAUAACAAAUUGAGCUUUUUACAAACUGUUGUAAAACCGAUGUCAGGCGUAAUAGAAAAUGUAGAUAAUAUGACGAUGUUGGUGAAGAAAGAACCAGAAAGACAAGGAGAAAUGGAAGCUAGUCUAAAAUCACGUUCUCGAAAUAAAAGAAAUAUAUCUGAUAUGAAACAGUUGGAGGAAGAUAAGCUUUUCGUAAGCGUAGCUGAAAAAUUAAUGAGAGGAAAGAGUCAAGAAACUAUGGAAAAGGAUGAGGACACAUUAUUUGUCUUGUCGUUAGUACCUGAGUUAAAAAAGAUUCCAGAUGAUAUCAAGCUCGAUGUUAAAUGUGAACUAUUAAAUGUUUUUAAGAAAGCUAGAUUAAGUCAAAGCUUUCCCUCUUCUGCGUCAUCACCCUCAACGUGUUCGAUUCCUUCUUUAAAUUUUCCAUUUACUAAUCAAUGCCAAUUUACGCAAGGCUAUAAACAAAGUAAUCAAUCCAAUGUAAAUAGAUCCACUACUCAUACACAAACAGCAACAUAUUCGUAUCCGCAAACGCAAAGUCCACUUUCAUCUUCGGUACACACAACGCCUUCUCCAACAUCAUCACAACUUUCACAUUCUUCGCAGAAUUCAUAUAUUGACUUUACCGAUAACAUGUAGUUCAAUAUAAAUAUCCAAGAUUUAUGUAUAAUUAUAUUUUAUAUCUUACAAUUGGAAGGAGUAAUUUUGAAUUUUAAGAGAAAUAAAAUCUUCUAAACUCUAAAGCUAGUUUUGACUAUAAAGAAAAUCUGUUAGAUAUAUCUGUAUUUUUUGGUAUAACGAUUUGUCAAAUCUUUUGAAUAUUUGGAUGUUGAAAAAAGAAGUAUCAUUAUUUUCUCACAAGCUAUUAUAUUUUAUAUUUUAUACAUGUAGCUCUUAUAUACAAAAUCAGUUUCAUAAAAUUUUUAUAGGCUAAUCGUGGCUCACUUAAUACCGUAUAUAAAUCUAAGGGUGGCGUUAGCGUCGACAGAUAUAUAUUCAUCUUUCGUUGAAAGAAUGUGUGACUUCAGCGACAAGAUGGGCAAAAUAUGAAAUAGAAGCGUAAUAGAGAAACACUGCCCCCACUAUGCGUUCAUCUUAUCGGUAUAUAAGCUUCUUUGAGGUUACAUACCUCUUCUAUUUGACCUAAUAAUCGAGUUAGUAGAGUUAGAGUAUUAGUGUAGUAGGAUGAAUUAUGAGGUAAAUUUUUUACUCUCAUAUUUAUAUCUUUUUUAUGUUAAUAAUGUAAUUUUUGCAAUAAUUUACAUUAGAGCAGCAUCGAUACAAUUUUGAUUU